AUGCUCAAGAGUUUGACGGGUUCUGCACCGUUAAGCUAUAACGAUAAGUUUGUUUUCACCUUUAAAAUAAAUGCAUUCUUUGACGGUCUAGUUCCGUUCUUCGGGAUACUGAAUGGUGUUAUAAAGGAACUUGUAGCAACAUUUCUAAAAGUUGAUACAAGCACAAUAUUAGAUAUCAAGUUUUUCGAAGGUUCUUUGGGGGUAAACGCAACUCUUAGUGCUGAUGCAGCUAGUAACAUUGAUGAGAUGCGCAAAGAAAUGCAAUCAGCAGGAUCCGUUAACCUCAUGGGCGUGAAUUAUGAUAUUGUUCAAGAUUCAUUCCAUGUCACGGUUAAGUCAGCUUUGCCAACUGUAGGUCCUCAGAUUUACAACUCAACCGAAAGUUACAUCUAUGCUAACAUGACCACAACACAUAGUGAUUUCACCAUUACUGAAGACUCGAACGCAGACUUAUCUACCGUAGAUAAACAAAUGACUACAACUUUGAAAGUUGAAGAUGAACACAUUUCUACUGCUUUGGAGGUAACUACACAGACAGUUGGAGACACAACACUUCUGACCGACGGCGAUCAGAUGUCUACUACAAUGAUAUUAACGACUCAGGAAGAUAAAGAUACAACAACUGCCGACAGUGAAGACAAGCAAAUGUCCUCUACUAUCAAAGUAUCUACUCAAACCGUUGAGGAAACAUCUACACUACAGAAUGAUGAUAAACAAAUGACUACCACGUUGAAAGAUAAAGACACUACAACAAAUACUGAAGACAAAGAAAUGUUAACUGCUAUAGAGAUAACUACACAGACAGUUGAUAAAACCACAACUACAGAUAUUGAUGACAAGGAAAUGUCUACUACUAUAGAAGUAACCACCCAGGCAGUUGAUGUCACAACAACGGCAAAUAUUGAAGACAAAGAAAUGUCCACUCCUAUAGAGAUAACUACUCGUGCAAAUGAGGAAUCAACAACUGCAAACAUUAUAGAUAAAUUAACCACUACUAUGAAAGUAUCAACUCAGGCAGCUGAAGACAUCACAAGUUCAUAUAUUGGAGAUAAAGCAAUGUCCACUUCUAUGUUGGUUACAACACAGGUAGCUGCCGAAACCACUGCUGCAAACCUUGAAGAAACUACUGCUUCAGAAGAGUUAUCAUCGCAACAAACAGCAAAUCAAGGACGUGCAAUGUCAACCACAACAUCAGACAAAGAUGUAACCUUAAAUGGUUCUGUGGCAUUGAACAGUAGUGAUGUCCCUUUUGAUUACCUUGCUACAACCAGAACCUACAUCGUUCAAACAGACAACUACAAUAACACAACUGCAGCGGCAAACAUGUUUGGCGGGAAUCUUGCUGUUGCCCUCCUUAUGACUGUUGCAACUACACUAGUGUAAACAGUACGAAAAAGAAGACUUAUUUAAGAGGGGACUUUUUUAAACAUCACAUUCAUUUUAAAUUUAUAAGUUUAAUCCCUUUCCACUGAUGAAUGACAAAUGUGGUGAAGUUGUGAGCCUUCAGAUGAGUAAACAAAUGUUCAAAAAAUC